AACUACCUUGGAAUUGCCAGCAGCGAGACGCCAUGACGCCCGCCGCCAAACAACGGCGAUCUCACUCAUCAGUUGCCGAGCAUUCACCUCUUUUCCUUCUACAUCCACCUCUUCUUUUCUGUCCUCUGUAGUCCUCCUUUCCCCGCGGCGUGCCUCCACCACGCGCGCUUUCUGAAACACCCUCCACGUCGCCCUGGCAGCUCUCCCUAUGCGCCGAGAUUGAGCGCUCACCUCGAGAAUCUCCAUGCCAACCUCGUUUCCUCCAACACACCACACCAUGGCACGCCGUUCACGAUCCUCGCGCGAAUACACGCAAGAACCGAAAUCAGAAGCUACCGUGCCGCCGCACUCGUCGUCAGGGCAUCGUGGCAUGCACCUCCCGCGAUUCAACCACAAUGGACACGAAGUAACGCCGGGCAUCGAGCCUGAGGGCGAGAGUGGCAGGAGAGGCAUACACCCGCUCAAGUUCUUGAAGAUAUGCUUUCGGAGUACGAGCACCAUGUCCAUGUUGGUUAACGUGCUUUGGCCCCUUGUCCCUGUAGCAAUUGCUCUGCACUUCGCCCGCCCGGAAUGGCACUUAGCCAUCUUCAUCACCAACUACAUCGCCAUGGUUCCCGCUGCCAACAUGGUCGGCUUCGCUGGUUCAGAGCUCGCGCGUAAACUGCCCAAGGUGUUCGGAGUAAUCCUGGAGACAACAUUCGGCUCCGUCGUCGAGAUUGUGCUGUUCAUGGUGUUGCUCAAGACCUCCACCGGUGAUUCCAACGUUCCGGUUAUUCGUGCUGCUAUCUUGGGUUCCAUUUUGGCAAACAUGCUCCUGUGCCUGGGCUUCUGCUUCUUCGCUGGCGGUCUCAAGCGGAGCGAUCAAGAAUUUCACCCGGCUAUUUCCGAGGCAGGCAGCGGAUUGAUGUUGGUCGCUGGAAUGGGUCUUGUGCUCCCCACCGCCUAUUCCGUCGCUGUGUCUGGCAGGACUGAUCUCACUAUUACCGACGGCGAGAUUCCCGGCUUCACUCAGAAGAUCUCCCGCGCCACUGCCAUCAUUCUGCUCUGCGCCUAUAUUGUCUUUAUUUUCUACCAGAUGAAAUCGCACGACAACCUCUACGGCGAGAUCUUCGAGGCAGACGAGCACAGGGACAAGGACCGCCAUAAGGAGCUGGCGAAGCCGAAGCUCACGCUGACCGAAUGCGUCGUCGCUCUGAUCAUUUCGCUCGCCUGUGUCACGCUCAUCGCCGUUUUCCUGGUCUUGGAGAUUCCCUUUAUGGUUGAGGAGCGACAUGUCAGUGAUGCCUUUGUUGGUCUGAUUCUCAUCCCGCUUGUGGAGAAAGCAGCUGAGCAUCUCUUGGCCAUCGAUGAAGCCUAUGAUAACCAGAUGAACCUGGCGCUUGCCCACGUUCUUGGUGCCUCCAUCCAGACCGCCCUGCUCAACACCCCGCUUGUCGUCCUCGUCGGCUGGGGUAUCGGCGUUGGCAUGGACAUGAACUUCGAGAUCUUCGACGCGGUUGCGCUUAUCCUGGCUAUCCUCGUCGUCGGAUCGUUCCUUCGUGACGGCAAGUCGAAUUACCUCGAAGGCGUGCUUUGCAUCUUCGUCUACAUUAUCAUUGCUAUCUCAGCCUACUUCUACCCUAACCCGGCUGGACAUGGAGCGGCUGAGGGAGGCGAGGGAGGACAUUAGAGGGGAUGCUUGACAUAUUGCCAACAUCAAAGGGAGAGAAGAGCGAGUGCAAUUCAAUCUUCUCAAAACGAUGUGGAGACUGGAGGCAAGGUAUGAGGUCUGUGAGUGUACAAAUUUGCAUUACUGGCACGAAGCGAGCAUCUGCGAUGCGGCACUUCUUUAGUUGUUUCUUUGUCUGUAUUUCAGCGAGCGAGAGAUACCGGAUUUAAUGGCCUCAAUGAGAACUGCA